UGAAGAGGCUAGGCAAUAGAAUUGUUCGAUACGACGCGUGAACGAUAAAGAUGAUGUAUAUGUAGUCGGUCGGUAUUUUUCAGACAGCACAUAUUUGCCUUCUGUCUUUUUCUACACAACCUAUAAUUUCACCGCCGCCUGCGCUUUUAUCUGCGUCACCAGACUGUGAACCAUAGAGAAUGUCUACCUUGCAAAAGCAACCCGACCUUCCUGAGCCAGCCUAUCCCGAAGUCGACUCAAUGCUGUCUAGACGAUUUGGCAAAGAGGUAGCAAAUUAUUUCGCUGGCUCGCCACUGAACCGACUCGGGUUUUUGCGAGCCGACAAUACUUUCCUCUCCCGCGCUGUGAAGCAUCCAAGCACCUCGUUCCUCCUCUGUAAUGAGCUUCAGCCGCUCGUAGAACCGAACACGCCGGCUGGACAGGGAAAGCUCCACUUUGUCAAAUAUGAAGACGUCAAACCUGUCAUCGGUGAGGACCCGUGGGCGCACCCCGAAGAGGACCAGAUCAAAGCAUACAACAGCGAGAAGUACAUUCCUCAAAUGAUCUUCCUAGGUCUCGACGAGAAGGUCACCACUGGAGGUCUGGAGUACGAGGGCAAGAAUCUGUACAAGGGAGCGCCUUAUUUCGCUGUCGAUGUUACGCCACGAGAGAGCGUUGGAUCGGCGUGCGAGUCGCUGCUUGCCGCACAGAAAGAGAAGGGCUAUGAGAUUUCAAAGGGCCGGAUGAUGGAUCUUGACCCGUCACACGCCGCUAUCUAUGCUGCAGCUCGACAAUUGCUGGAUUGGAAUGCACGUAACCCGUACUGUGCAGGGUGCGGACACAAGACAAUGAGUGUGAAUGCUGGAUUCAAGCGAACAUGUCCAUCCAAGGAUGUCGCCAACAAUGCUAGCGAACGACCGCCCUGUGUGACACGAAAAGGCGUUACAAAUUUAUCAUUUCCUCGCACCGAUCCAACUGUGAUCAUGGCUAUCUUAAAUCACGCAGGCACCCAUAUCCUACUCGGCCGACAGGGCCGAUGGCCACCGCAUUGGUACUCAACCCUUGCAGGCUUCGCCGAGCCGGCUGAGUCAAUUGAGGAGGCAGUGCGACGAGAGACCUAUGAGGAAUCUGGGGUCCUGGUCGGGCGAGUCGUCGUACACAGUACCCAGCCUUGGCCUUACCCUGCGAACUUGAUGAUUGGUGCCAUCGGCCAGGCUGUCCCUCAAGGUGAGAAGAUCAACCUCGGCAAUGAUCCGGAAUUGGAGGACGCACAGUGGUUUUCCUUGGACCAAGUACGAGAGGCUUUGUCCAAUGGUGUCAGCGGACUGGAUGAGCCAGCAGGCUCCAAGUACAAGGAGGGUGGACUGAGACUGCCACCGGGUACAGCUAUCGCAAAUCAACUGAUGACAGCGGUCGUCAACGGAGUGUUCACAGGUGCCAACAGCAAGAUCUGAAUUUGUUGAAUUGCGAUUGUCUGCAAUGAAUGGUUUCGAGCGUAGGCGCUGGUGGCGCGUGGAGAAGUGGUGUUGUUGAACAAGAGCCUUGAGGAGUUUUUGGAUAUCGCCGGGGUUGCGAUUCAGUCGAGGAUUUUAUACAUACAGCUGCAGAUAGUUCGUUGAUGCCAGUAAAGAAAGAUAAAUAAGUACAUCGUAGGAAGAAGGGUAUCAGUCGACUGUUCAUGCCAUCAGUUGACACUCUCGAGCAGCUUUGGGUCUCCGAAAUCGCCAUUCAGGCUGAAGCCCGGACCAUUCGUACUGCUCAAGACAAUCUCGUGGAUCUCCUUCGGCGUUCGGUCGCUGAGC